CCGUCGGUCUGAGGUAAACAACGAUAGAGGCUAGUGACUGUCAGUGUUGUUUUCAAGGCUCUGAAGAAAUGGCAAAGAAAACAAGGGAUUCCGUAGAUGUGUGGCUGUGACUCCUUUAAACUCACCAGUUUUCAUGCUCCAUCACUAGGUCCGUGGAUCCAUCUCAGCCAUGUCGUCACGUGUGUUGCUGCGGCAGCAGCUGAUGCGAGAACAAGCCCAGGAGCAGGAGAGACGUGAGGCUCUUGCUCAGCAGCAACAGGCCGCUGCUGCUCAGCUUCGGGCAUCUGACUCAACUCCAGCUAUCUCUGUCACUCUGCCACCUAAUGCCGCCCGUCCCCCACCGGCACAGGUGCCUGUGGAAGUGCUGAAAGUGCAGACCCACUUGGAGAAUCCCACCAAGUACCACAUCCAGCAGGCACAGAGGCAGCAGGUGAAGCAGUACCUCUCCACCACGCUGGGAAACAGGGCGGUUCCUCAGAUUGUGUCUGUGUCCCCUGUCCCCCAGUCCAGUUCAGCCCCUGAAGUGGCCCCCACUGCCAGCAGCGCCCCUAAUAGUCCUAUGGCGCUGCUUAACAUCGGAUCCAACAAGGAAGAAAUUGACGAUGUGAUUGACGACAUCAUCAGCCUUGAAUCGAGUUUUAAUGACGACAUCAUUACGUUGAUUGACUCAGGUCUUCAGCUGCCUAGCACGCUCCCAGGAAACCUCUUGGAUGUCUACCAUAGCCCGGGAAUGGCAGCACCUACUCUUACUGUCAGCAACUCCUGCCCUGCUGAUCUUCCAAAAAUUAAAAGGGAAAUUACUGAUGCAGAUGCCAAAGCAUUAAUGAAAGAGAGGCAGAAGAAAGACAACCAUAACCUCAUUGAGAGGAGGCGACGGUUCAACAUCAAUGACCGCAUAAAGGAGUUGGGCACUCUGAUACCCAAGUCAUCAGACCCAUAUCACAAUGACGACAGAGAGACGCGCUGGAAUAAAGGCACCAUUCUCAAGGCUUCUGUAGACUACAUAAGGAAACUGCAGAAGGAGCAGCAGAGAGCCAAGGAUAUUGAGAUGAGACAGAAAAAGCUGGAGCAAGCAAACCACUCUUUAAUGUUACGCAUCCAGGAACUGGAAAUGCAGGCACGGCUUCACGGCCUCUCAAGCUCCAGCGGCAUCUCUGCUCUGACCUCCGAUCCCUCACUGCUCCAGCAGCGGUCCACAGUUCCACAGAGCAGCCAGUCUCUGCCUCCCAACGCAGGAGUAGCCUCCACCCAGAGCCUCCUCGGUCCAGCAGCCAUUGGGCAGCCUCUGCCAGCCUCCUUCCUGUCCCCACCCUCCUCAGACUCUCCCGCUGGACUCACUAUAAGCAGCCCGCUGGACCUGGGCAGCCUGAGCUUUGCAGAGCUAGACGACGCCCCGGCCUCAGCCCUCUACUCUGACGUGGGUUUGGGAGACAUCCUCAUGGAUGACGGGUGCGCGCUGUCUCCAGAGAGGAUGGGCGAGCCGCUGUUUUCUCCUUUGUCACCAGGUGCCUCUAAAACCAGCAGUCGCAGGAGCAGCCUCGAGAUGGACGAGGACUUCUGAUGACUUGUGUGUGGUCAGAGACUCUCUGUAGGGACGAGAAUGCCGGGAAGUCCAGUUUAUCUUUAAGUAACUAUAGCCUAUUUAUAGAACUGCAUAGUUGAAUUUAAAAAGUCAAAUUAGCUGUAAUUAUGAACAAAACUAACACCAGAAGACAGCAAGUUAUUUUUUUUUCCUAUAGAAAUUAUUAUUGUUCCUGUUUGGAGCCAGUCAGAUGAUUGUCUGGGUUUAUAAAUGCAAUCUUAUUAAAAUGCAAUAUUGUAUAAUAGGGGCAUGGACCUAGCAUUAAGAAAUAAUACAUUCUUAAAUAAUUGUUAAGAUUUAUUCAGAGAUUUAAGAGGGAUAUAAGGUUUGCUUGAAUUUAUUAUAUGCAUAUAUUAUGUGUAGGGAAGAAAGCUGUGAGGUUUCUUUUUCAUGACAUUUUUCAGCACAGCAGACCUGUCAAGAAAUGCCAAUAAUAUAGUGUAUAUUUUGUGUGUGUGUGUGUGUGUGUGUGUUUUAUUUUGUUUUGGUUUUUUUCUUCAAACCGACUGGAAUCAGGGUUUGUCAGUAGCAGUUGCAUGCUCAUCCGUGUUGGGUUGGAUCACCAGCAGCUACAGAAGGGAUUUUCCGUAUUGGCACAUUGUGAAAUAUUUACAGCACAUUGUAAAUAAGAGUCUUUUAUUUUGAGCAAGUUCUUUGCACCUUAUUUUAUGGCAGUCUAUGCAUUUUAUGAAAGCUUGUGUCUGUUUUUAUUACUACUACAUACAGUGGACAGCUGAUGCCCAGGACGCAUGUAUUUGUAAUAAACCUUAAAGGCGGUGGGGAAAAAAAAAAAAUCACUUGCUGCUGCAGCUAGUUAGCCAAAGCAGGAUUUCUUCCAGAGUAGCUACAAAUUACAAAUCAGCGUUAUAUAUAUUUUUUUUAAUAUGUUCACUCAGUCAAUGGAAAUGCAGAACAAUUUUCUCCUUUUACAAGAGUACUGUAGUUCAUUACAUUUUUAUACCUGAUAGUUUGGUAAGUAGUUUCUGCUGACUAAUAUCUGUGUUAGUUUGUCUCCAUUAAUCUUGGUGAUCACUGAGUGAUUGUUUUUGGGUUUGUUUUUUUGUUUUUUGUUUUUUUUUUCCCAGUUUGCAUGUUCUACUAAAAUUGUUGUUUUUUUUUUCUUCUUUCUUUUGGAUGAUGAAAGUGAUAUAAUCUAAUUAUAGGUUAUUGCUCAGAGGGCUCGGACCUCUGUUUUUUUUUUUUGUUUGUUUGUUUUUUGGAACCAACCACUAGUCUCACCUCUGUUAUAAUAAUGUAUGAUGCUCAUUGAAUAGAAACCUCAAUGCAUUUAUUAUUCCAUUAAAUAGUUAAAAAUGUUAGGAUUUUUUUCAUCACGUGCUUAACAAACUUUCUGUACAGUUAAUGAAUGUGUGUGGAAGUACGUACCUGCAAAUGUCAAGGCUUUUUUUUUUUCUAACACUGAUGUACUGUUUUUGUUUUGUUUUUUUUUUAGUUAAAACAGCCAAACGCAUACUUAGAUCGUAGCUUUGAUUGGCAUCGAUUGGCGGUUACAGUGAUUUUUAAGGCACCUCGGGGUACCUUUGAGCUUAAAGCCGCUCCACUCCAUCACUCAGUGUUGCUCGUUCUGUUCCCGUAAAUCGAAGAGGAGAACUUAAUGUACGGUCAGCUUUUACUGCUCUCCGCAAUAUUAACCCAGUCUCACUCUGGUAUAUAUUUGACUGCUAACACUGACUGUUAACCAUAAACAAACAUGUCUUGUCCUUGCAAAUUUGGCUUUUGGAAGAUUUUAACAAAUAAAUUAUUCUCAUUGG